GGAGGAUUCAGCUUCAUUGGUUUGCUUUUCACUUUUUUCCUGAGCUUCCCUGGAACAGGACAGAAUUAGAUAAACAAACAUGACGGAAAACACUCCUCUUCUGAAGAGAAGACUCACAUCAUCUGAAUCCAAGAUCAGUAACUCCAAAUUGUUCCUGGCUGUUUUCUCGGCUGUCCUGGGGAACUUCAACUCCGGUUAUUCUAUGGUCUUAUCGUCCCCCAUCCUGACAAAGCUCAAGAGCCCCGAUGCCGACCCUCAACUCAAGAUGGGCACGGUGCAAGCCGCCUGGUUCGGCUCAAUCUUCGCACUGGGCGCAGCAGCUGGUGGGCUGGGGGCCAUGCUGCUCAACGACAUGAUAGGAAGGAAGCUGAGCAUCAUGAUGUCAGCGGUGCCAUCCACUAUUGGAUACAUGCUAAUGGGAGGGGCAGUGAAUUUAUGGAUGCUCGAUGUGGGUCGUUUCCUAACUGGAGUCGCUGGUGGGAUGACUUCAGCAUCCAUCCCUGUUUACAUCUCAGAGAUCUCUCACAAAGGAGUGAGAGGAGCUCUGGGCUCCUGCCCUCAGAUCACUGCUGUGUUCGGGGCCCUGUUACUCUACGCUCUGAAUCUGGGGAUAUCGUGGCGGUGGCUGGCCAUAGUGGGGGAGGUGCCGGCUGUGCUGAUGGUCGUGCUGCUUGUGUUCAUGCCCUCCUCACCCAGGAGGCUGCUCUCCUUGGGCCGAGAAGAGAAGGCCGAGAAAGCGCUCCGCUGGCUGAGGGGAAGUCAGUACGACCCACACGUCGAGAUCAGUGCCAUUCAGCACAGCAUCAGGACGCAGACUAGGGUCACAUGCACCCAGCUGGGCACACCCACCUUCUACAAGCCGAUCCUCAUCUCAGUGGUGAUGCGUUUCCUGCAGCAGAUGACGGGCAUCACGCCCAUUCUGGUCUACAUGGAGCCGAUCUUUACCAAGAGCAAUGUCUCCCUGCCGCCACAGUACGAUGCUGCCCUCGUGGGCGCAGUCCGCCUCCUCUCGGUUGGCUUGGCAGCCUUUUUGAUGGACAGGGCGGGACGCAAGGCCCUGCUGUACACAUCGAGCAUGCUGAUGUUCCUCUCUAGUCUGACUCUGACCAUGAUCUCCCACACCACACCUUGCCCGGGCCCCUCUCCUCCAAACCACACUUUGAGUUCGGACUACGGCCUCAGCAGUGACAUCGGACACACUUUAGGGGCCGGUCACAAAGACCCAGGAAGCAUCCUUCCUCUCAUCGGCACCAUGGUGUAUAUCUUCGGAUAUGCCAUUGGAUGGGGCCCAAUCACGUGGUUGCUGAUGUCAGAGGUGUUGCCGCUGGUUGCCAGGGGCGUGGCGUCAGGUCUUUGUGUCGCCGUCAGCUGGUUGACGGCCUUUAUGCUCACACAAGCCUUCACACACCUGAUGGACAUGUACAGCCUCUAUGUGCCCUACCUGUGCUUCACCGUGGUGUGUGUCUUCUGCCUGCUGUUCAAUGCCGUGUGCAUCCCAGAGACUCGCAGCCGCUCACUGGAGGAGAUAGAGAACUACUUCAGGACAGGCCGUACGUUCACCAUCAGGCGGGGUCGAUCCACGAUUCGGUCCACCUGAGGCUCACACAUCAUUCACACGAUGUGCAGUAGCUCUAAAGCAGGCACGUUAAAAUGAUCAUGUACCAUCAAUAUUAAAGGUCUAAGUACAGAGGGUUUAUGUUCCACAGGGUCUAAAGCCCACUGAGAGAAGGAGCACAGGUCAAAGGUCACUGAGGCUCUGUUCAGCAGAAGAAAACAUUGGGUUUACAAGGGUCACUGUUUUCACAUCACAAUUACAACAAUCAUUUUUACAAUAAUAUUAGGUAUGCAGUACUCACACACAUUACUCAAGUAAAAGUACAAAUACAGCCUACUUGCCUUUAAAUAUACUAAAAAGUAAAAGUACUUGACUGUAGCCUAUUCUCUAAUGCAAUGGUCUAAAUCAUAAACUGUGCCCACUGAAUAUUUUGUUUAUGAAAGAAUAAUACACACUUUUACACUACACCUGAAAGUAAAUCUACUUUAGUGAAGUACAAACAUGAACAUUUAAGUAUGUGUUUGUUACAUUCCACCACUAUUAACAACAGAAACAGCUCCCUUCCUGUUUACUGGUAAGAGGUCUGCUUUUGAAAAUAAUACUCUUGUCUCCUCUUUUCAACAUGCCAUCAUUUCUACAGAAGUGAGUGUUCUCACUUCACUAUGUGAAACGUACUCAGUAUUAAUACCCACUGUGUUCAACAAGGGAUUUAAAUGUGCAGCGAUGUACCAGCAGAACAAAACUUUAUGUUCAUGAAGUUCUGUUUUAAUCUG